AUGUCCACGUACUGCUCUGCGGGAGACUUCGCGCUCUUCGUCGUCGUUGCGAGCCUCGAUAAAGAGACGCCGCAGGUUGGGGAAGCUGGCCUGCGCGGGUUAGCCUUCUGUGCUCUGUAUAGAUCCAAGGAGAGGUGCAACCAUACCAUUGAGAGAGGAUGUUGCUGGGCGCCAAUUGUCUCCUUGGAGCGGUGCGUUACCCUGCCCGCCAACGGCCCUGGCCUGGACACCAGUUUGUCGCCCACCAGUCUGGUCAACCUCUGGAACCUCACCGUGUCCUGUCUGUCCACACAAAGUCACCAUACCCAAAUCACCACCACCACAUCCACAACCCACCCCUGUCUCGCAGGCAGCAUCAUUCUUCCACGGCCACCACGACACUCGUCCCACACCUCGACGACAUUGAUUGUGGGAGCGCACAUUGACACGUACCCGCGGCGGUCGACGUCCCGCCUCACCCCCUUUUCGCCGUCCUCCUCGACCGCCCACCUCGUUGCUCGUUGA